GUGGUGCUCAGUGGUGUCCCGUAGCAACCAGUCGGAUACGUUUGAAGCGAAAGUACUACCUAAAGGCGGGCUAUAGCGGUUCUGAAAUGACCUGCAAUGUAACAAAACCCACUCUGACUUUGCAGAAAGACUUGGGAGUUGGAUACAGCGUUUCGGCAAUACUGCCGCGCUUCGCAAAGUAAGAAAGAUAGCCAGGGUUGGCUAAGUUAGUGUCUGGCGCAGGAUAAUAACAUUGGCUACAUUUGUUGCUGUUUGUAACCUCGGGUUGUUCACAUAGCUCCACACAGACAGCGGCACGUUCCUAAACAGCAGACCCGUAAACCCGCUGUAGCCUACUGAUGGACGUGCGCACAUACGUGUGUGCGCUGCUCCUAUGCAGCGGCGCAGUGUUCGGUAAACCCACACUGAGGAAAGAUCGGGUCCACCACGAACCCGAACUAGCGAGGCCAGCUAACGAAGACAAUCAGAGCCAUCAGUUCGACCACGAGGCCUUCCUCGGUAAAGAGGAGGCUACGACGUUUGAUCAACUAACCCCGGAGGAAAGCAAAGACAGGCUCGGUAAGAUAGCGGACCGGAUCGACGGUGAUGGCGACGGCUUCAUCACCAUCGCAGAGCUGAAGGCGUGGAUCAAGCGUGUGCAGAAGCGCUACGUGUACGAGAAUGUGGCCAAGGUGUGGACGGACUACGACCUCAACAAAGACAACAAGAUCUCCUGGGAGGAGUACAAGCAGGCCACGUACGGAUACUACCUGGCCAACCCCGGGGAGUUUGAGGACACCACCGACCAGUUCAGCUUCCGGAAGAUGCUGCCGCGAGACGAGAGGCGCUUCAGGACAGCCGACCUGGACGGAGACACGGCCGCCGACCGCGAGGAGUUCACCUCCUUCCUGCAUCCCGAGGAGUUCGACCACAUGAAGGACAUCGUGGUUUUGGAAACCCUGGAGGACAUCGAUAAGAACGGAGAUGGCCAUGUGGAUGAAGAUGAGUACAUUGCGGACAUGUUUGCUCACGAGGAGGGCGGUCCUGAGCCGGACUGGGUCCGCACGGAGCGCGAUCAGUUCUCCGACUUCCGAGACCUGAACAAGGACGGCCGGAUGGACGUGGAGGAGAUCCGGCACUGGAUCCUCCCCCAGGACUACGACCACGCCCAGGCAGAGGCUCGUCACCUGGUGUACGAGUCCGACCAGGACAAGGACCAGAUGCUGACGAGGGAGGAGAUCCUGCAGAACUGGAACAUGUUCGUGGGCAGUCAGGCCACUAACUACGGAGAGGACCUGACCAAGAACCACGACGAGCUCUGAGCGGGACUGGGAGAGGGGGGGGGGGGGGGGGUGUGAGUGUGGAUAUGAAUGUUUGUCUAUGAGUACAUGUCUUUGAGUGUGUUUGUGUGCGUGUGUGACAAAACAAAGCCUUAACACACUGCUGUGGUCAGCCAGUACUGAACACUACAGAUGAUAUCUGAUGACUGGAUGGGACUGGUACAGAGACCUAAACCUGCAGUGACAGGACAGGACAGGAAACUAAACGUCCGUCGGUCAAGGACCACCACACCACCUCGACCAUGCUGGUCCAGUUCCCUAAGCUGGGAUGUGUUGUUCUUGUGUCGUCAGUGUUGCCUUCCAGCCAGCCAGCGCUCUGGCCUAGCUGCUACCAGCCACUGUCAGACCUAGUUCCUGGAUAUGGGUUCUGUGGUGUCCAGAACCCUCCCAGAAGCAGGCAGACGUGAGGACAGCGGUCUGGGUCUUCAGGAGAGCCGUCUUGAUUGUGGAGCUUUGACGGAACAACCAAGAGUCCUUCUACAACUGUAAUUUAUUUAGUUGUUUAAACUUGAAAGUGGGUUGUUGUGAAGAGCGUUACUGAUAUUCCUUGUGUUUCCCUCCAGAGAUGGCCACACUCGUUCCUUUAUUAACAUUUGACAUAUUUUGUGUAUUUUUGGGCCUGUUCCAUCAGACUGGGACAGAAGUGGUGUCAAUGUUUGAUUUGUCUGAUUCUGAUUACUUUUACAAACUGUUACCAACAUGUCUUGUCUUGGAAGACCUCUACACGUUCUCCUUCACCAUGAAAACGAGCUCGAUGUUGGUCACAAUCCUUUUCUUUGUUUAUCAAGACAUGCAUGUGUAUAAUAUUUGCUGAAUAUAGAUUUUAUGCCUGAGAGUGAGUCUUGUUUCCUUGUGAAAGCUGUUGUUUAGCUUUCUGUUUUGUCCUUUUUUUUUUUUUUUAUCCUCGCCAAGGGUUCUGAUGUUGUGUGGGUGGAGUCAUGCAGAACUCUGCUUAUCUCAAAACAUCUUCAUGCUAUACCUCCGAAUUACAAUAUGUUCUACGAUUUAUAUCAGUGGUUUUUUUUGUUGAAGAAAAAUACACUUUCAAAAU